AAGAAUGUAAAUAUUUUUUAAAUGACAUGGCUUACAUAUAAAUGAGUUGUCAAUCUGAUUGGUUGGGAAAUUUUGGAUGAUGUAGACACUCUCAAAAUUUUAGCUCACCCAUUUUUAGUAUUGUAAUAUAUAUAAGAAUUAGCACAAUUGUUCAGAUUCACAUAAAUAUCCAGAUUUUUUUUUUUUUUAAAGAAUAUCAUUGAAAUUAUGUGUCAGCCCUCAACACUCGUCUUCCUCGUUCUAUCAAUCAUUGCGAUCGACUACCUUCCUCUUGCAAGUGCCAGAGUAAGAAACCUCAACUAUGCGGCGUUUUGUGUGAUAUCUAUAUCAGCCACAGAUGCACAAAUGCAAUCUAAUAUAGAUUGGGUGUGUAGCCAGAAAUUUGAUUGUACGCCAAUCAAUCCCGGUGGGCCCUGCUUUGAACCAAAUAAUCUUAGAAGCCAUGCAUCGUUUGUGAUGAAUAGGUAUUACCAGAAAAACGGACGUGAAGAAGAAGCAUGCGAUUUCAGUAAUACCGGUAGGUUCAUUAAUAGUGAUCCAAGCUAUGGUGAUUGUGUGUAUGAUUAUUAAUGAAAAAUAAAGUAUUUCGUCAUUCAGAAUUUCAUAUUUAGUCAAUAUAUUUAAAUUAAUGACUUCAUUA